GUCGCGCUGGGUUACAAGAACCGAGGUCGUCUGACUUACAAUUGCGGAGGCACCCUCAUAAGUGAGAACUUCGUUUUGACGGCCGCCCAUUGCAUCAACACCAGCUUAGGGAAACCUGUGCAGGUUCGUCUGGGCGAGCUGAUCCUGAACAACGAGGAUGACGGGGCAAGCCCUGUGGAUGUUCGGGUGGAGCGGACAACAGUGCAUCCCGAUUACAGGGACGACCAAAAGUACAACGACAUCGCUCUCGUCCGCCUGGAGAGGGAAGUCUCCUUCAGCAACUCCAUCCGGCCAGCGUGUCUCCAUCAGCAGCGGGACCUGAGCCGGAGCGAGCUCCCCGUAGCCACCGGAUGGGGUACCACUGAUUAUG